AUGACGAGAAAAAGAAAGAACAAUGGUGAAUGUGAUCAAGAAUGUGAACAAGUUUCCAGGAAGUUAGAAGAAUCCAAUAAAGAAGAAGAUGAAGAUUUCUUAGAAUUAACUUUAUGUAACGGGUCAUUGAGGAAUGCAGAGCCACCCUCAAAGCGGUCUCCUACUCCGCCGUCUCCGGUUUUAUCAUUGCAACCAUCAUUGUCGUCCCAACAAAUAACACCUUUAACUCUACCACCACAACAGCCGCCGUUAUCUCAACAAGUAAUUUCUCCAAUUUUAUCAUUGUCGAGUCAACAACCACCAUCACCACCGCCCAAUCAAGUUUCUCGGCCUUCAAUACCUCAGCAGUUCACCCAACAAAUGAUUUCUUCUUCCUUUGCACUCAGGCUAUCAAACUCCCAUCCUCUUUUCAACGAUGAGACUAUCGUGUCACAUUCUUCCUCUUCUGUCCCUCUCUUUUAUCCCCAAGAGUCAGUUUCUCCACUGUCUCCAGCAGCGGCUGAAUCCGUCCCCAUCUCGAGUACUGGCACCGGCACUACCCGGGGCGCACGUGCACGGAGCAGGAACUCUACACAAGCACCACGAGAAGGGAAAAUCGAGACGAUAACUCCUCCAUUCCCCUGGGCCACCGAGUAUCGAGCCACGGUUCACACCCUCAACCAUCUGCUGUCCCAAGACAUCUUCACCAUCACCGGCGAGGUUCAAUGCAAGAGGUGCGAGAGAAAGUUCGAGACGGCUUACGAUUUGGAACAAAAGUUCAAUGAAAUCGGGACCUUCAUAGCGCAAAACAGGAACGCCAUGCACGACAGGGCUCCAGAAAUCUGGAUGAACCCGGCGCUACCGAAAUGCGAGCUCUGCAACCAAGUGAACAGCGCAAAACCAUUGAUUCCAGAGGAGAAGGAAUCCAUCAACUGGCUGUUCUUGUUCCUGGGACAGAUGAUCGGAUGCUGUACUCUCGAGCAGUUAAAGUAUUUUUGCAAGCACACCAAGAACCAUUGCACUGGUGCCAAAGAUAGGGUUGUUUAUCUGGCUUACCUUUCUAUCUGCAAACAACUAGACCCUACCGGUCCCUUUACCAGGUAA